CUGGCAACCGCUUCUUCACGACAAUGCGGUGGACUAUCGUCACCGUCAAUGACAAAAAGCGGCACGUCGAUUCAUCCAUCAGCAUGCUGCAGUGCACAACGAGAACGUCACACGGUCGACCUAUCGGGGUCUAGACAUCACCGUGAAUGCGAUUGAGUAAACCACCGACCGUAGAUUCUUUGUACGAUCUAAAAUUAAUGGUAAGAGAGUGAAGUCAAAGAGGAUAGAAUAAGGCUCCCCUUUGUUAGGAACAAUGUCGAUUGUGCGACUUCACCUCGGUCGAGCAGCCUUUGUGUCGUUGCUUUGUGACAACCAUACGAGCAACGGGUAUAAGUGCAGCGAACAUGUCGAAGCAGCACCACCCCAGCCCGAAAUGUCUGACGCCCUACAAACCCGCGAGCAGUUCCUGGCUCAGCUUCCCCAACUCAUCGAUCUCCCCGACGACGCCGAUGAGGAGUGCGGUAUUUGCUUGGAAGAGCACCAUCAGCCAAUGGCAGAACAAUACUUGUCCGACUUGUCGUCGCAUCCUCUUUGCCGUGCCCAAUGCCGAGGAAGAGGAUGACGCGGAGGACGAGGUGCUGACGGAGGAGGAGGUCUUUGACCUGAUUGAGAUCGAAUCAGGGCUCACUCACGACACAUUCCCACGGGUUAAUAUCGUGGGGGUGACGACAGCGCAGAUUCACGAAGUGGUGCCAGAAGCGCGCGAGUAUCUCCGCGAGAUCAGGGGCAUCGGUGGCGUGCCGCAGCCGAACGAGACGGCACUUCUGGAUGACACAAUCAUCGGCCAGCACCUUGGUGCAAUGGGCAAUUUCCUGUUUGGGCAUGCGUUUGUGAUGCACAGAUCAUACACGAGGAACUUUUUGUGCUACGGGACAGCGGCUAUGGCGAAGAAGUGGACGACUUCUUCGAGCCCGACCCUCACCGACAGACUCCGGCAGGAGAUCUGGUCUACCUUGUGGAGUAUGUGCUCUUCCAGUGCAUUACCGCGUAUCAGGGACGGGACUUGUUCGAUGCAAUGCUAUAGUGACCGACCAGGGGGAUGGACAUUAUGGGGUGGAAUUCUCGGGAGACAAUACGAAGCGAGAAGGGUGCUAGAUCGGGAUCUUGGGGUCGGUAGCUGGUGCUGUUUGGAGAUUGGCGUUCCGUCCAUUGAUAGUGCGCUGUGUAUUGCAAAUGCGUUCUUGAUUUUGUCUGUUGAAGAGCAAGCAUUAAGCGAUCUCGCGACGUAGCACAGAUGACAGGAGCUCGAAGUCGUGGAACAUCAAUCACCCCAGGGUCCAUGCGCCGGGA